CCGCCGCGGCUGCUGCUGCAGCCGCUGCAGCCCGCGCAGACUGGGAGGGCGGGAGGCAGUUCGGCGGGGCGGGGCGAGCGCGCCGGCCGGAUUCAUUCCUGUGGGGCGCGGGGUAUGGAGGAGCUGUGCGGCCGCAGGCGGAGCUGGGCGGUCUGGAUGGCGGCGCGGACAGUCGUCUCUUUUUGAGGGGGCAGCCCGAGCCCGAGCGGCCGGCGGCGGCGGGGAGAACUAGCCCCCUGGCAGUUUGGUGCUCUGGUUGUCAUAUGUUGGAUGGCAAUAGACAGAACCUACAUCCGUUCUGGGGCGCCGUGAUUAACAUUGAACUUUGGUUCCUGUAACCCUUGCCUGUGUCAAUAGAGUUAAGCUGGAGCUUUGCUCUGAAGGAUAAAUAAAGCACAGCCUCUCAACUGGACAUAAAUGGAUCUAAAGACAGCAGUAUUUAACGCAGCUCGAGAUGGCAAACUCCGGCUUCUCACCAAAUUGUUGGCAAGCAAAUCUAAAGAGGAGGUUUCCUCCUUGAUCUCUGAAAAAACAAAUGGGGCCACCCCACUCUUGAUGGCCGCCAGGUAUGGGCACCUUGACAUGGUGGAAUUUCUCCUAGAGCAGUGCAGUGCCUCCAUAGAAGUCGGGGGCUCGGUCAAUUUUGAUGGCGAAACCAUUGAGGGGGCUCCCCCUUUGUGGGCCGCUUCUGCAGCAGGACAUCUGAAGGUGGUUCAGUCUUUGUUACAUCAUGGAGCGUCUGUCAACAACACGACUUUAACCAAUUCAACUCCUCUUCGAGCUGCCUGUUUCGAUGGCCAUUUGGAAAUAGUCAAGUACCUGGUAGAACACAAAGCUGAUUUGGAAGUGUCAAACCGACAUGGGCAUACAUGCUUGAUGAUCUCAUGUUACAAAGGACACAAAGAGAUUGCUCAGUAUUUACUUGAAAAGGGGGCAGAUGUUAAUAGAAAAAGUGUUAAAGGUAAUACUGCAUUGCAUGACUGCGCAGAAUCUGGAAGUUUGGACAUCAUGAAGAUGCUUCUUAUGUAUUGUGCCAAGAUGGAAAAGGAUGGUUAUGGAAUGACUCCCCUUCUCUCAGCAAGUGUGACUGGUCACACAAAUAUUGUGGAUUUCCUGACUCACCAUGCACAGACCAGCAAGACGGAGAGGAUCAAUGCUUUAGAGCUUCUGGGAGCUACAUUUGUAGACAAAAAAAGAGAUCUCCUUGGGGCUUUGAAAUACUGGAAAAAGGCAAUGAACAUGAGGUACAGUGAUAGGACUAAUAUAAUUAGCAAACCAGUACCGCAGACACUAAUAAUGGCUUAUGAUUAUGCCAAGGAGGUAAACAGUGCAGAAGAGCUAGAAGGUCUUAUUGCUGAUCCUGAUGAGAUGAGAAUGCAGGCACUAUUAAUUAGAGAACGUAUUCUCGGUCCUUCUCAUCCUGACACCUCUUACUAUAUUAGAUAUAGAGGCGCUGUCUAUGCAGACUCUGGAAAUUUCAAACGAUGCAUCAACCUAUGGAAGUAUGCUUUGGAUAUGCAGCAGAACAAUUUGGACCCUCUAAGCCCGAUGACCGCCAGCAGCUUAUUAUCUUUUGCAGAACUGUUCUCUUUUAUGCUACAGGAUAGGGCUAAAGGUCUGCUGGGCACCACUGUUACAUUUGAUGAUCUCAUGGGCAUACUGUGCAAAAGUGUCCUUGAAAUAGAGCGAGCGAUCAAACAAACUCAGUGUCCAGCAGACCCAUUACAAUUAAAUAAGGCUCUUUCCAUUAUUUUGCACUUGAUUUGCUUAUUAGAAAAAGUUCCUUGUACUCUAGAACAGGAUCAUUUCAAAAAGCAAACUAUAUACAGGUUUCUUAAGCUGCAUCCAAGGGGAAAGAAUAACUUCAGCCCUCUUCAUCUGGCUGUGGACAAGAAUACUACCUGUGUAGGGCGGUACCCUGUUUGUAAAUUUCCAUCUCUGCAAGUUACUGCGAUACUGAUAGAAUGUGGUGCUGAUGUGAACGUCAGAGACUCGGAUGACAACAGUCCCCUCCAUAUCGCUGCUCUGAACAACCAUCCAGACAUCAUGAAUCUCCUUAUUAAAUCAGGUGCACAUUUUGAUGCCACAAACUUGCACAAACAAACUGCUAGUGACUUGCUGGAUGAGAAGGAAAUAGCUAAAAAUUUGAUCCAGCCUAUAAAUCAUACCACAUUGCAGUGUCUUGCUGCUCGUGUCAUAGUGAAUCAUAGAAUAUACUAUAAAGGGCAUAUCCCAGAAAAGCUAGAGACCUUCGUUUCACUUCAUAGAUGAUAAUUUGACUGUUGAAGCACGAAUUGGUAACAGGUGUUUCAUAAAUGAGCACUGUUGUGGUAACACCAGCAUUCAUUUAGCUUGAUUUCAUUGUGCUCUCAUUGGCUAAAGCAUUGUAAGCAUCAAAUUCACAGGAUUGGUUUCCCAGUAUUUAAUAUAAAUAUACCAUAUAAUAUAUUGUUUGUGAAUUAUUGAGAAAUGUAAUCUCAUAUUCAGAUUUCUAAAAUUGUCUGCCAAAGGCUUAUCCAUUCUGGUUUUGUUUGCUGUUGGGUGUUUGGGACAGAGUUAACCAUUUUUCAGUGGUGUCUUUAUACUUUUCUGGUUUGUGAAUUUUAUACAAUUGAAGGUCUUUUUUGUGCUUCCUUCUCUUCUCCGAGCUUCUCCCCUGUUUCCACCUCAUUUUUAACUUAACCAUUUCUACUUAUCAAUUUCUUUCCCCUUAUGGAUCCAUGUUAGGUUGUAAAAACUUUAUGGACUUGUUACCAUUUGCAGUUACCAUAAGUGCUUUAUCUUCUCUAUGCACUGGCUUCAACUUGACUGUUGUAUGUUAGCAUAUUUUCUAUGCAGCAGUUGGUCAACUUCAACUCUGAAACACUGUUAAGUAUGUUACAAAGUUCAUUUUACGAAAGUACUCUUGUAGCAUGACAAUUUUUAGAGCUACAGGUUAGCUACCAGAGCUCAAGCUUUUUUUUUGUUUUUUUCUUUACAUCUGAGGUUUCUUUCUCUAAUCCACUGAAAUUAUUGUGUGCUAAAUUUGGGAAACAAAGCUAUUCUAACUCAUUAACCCAGUUGAAAUUUAGGUCUGUCGUCUUAAUAUAUCAUGCAGUAAAAGGAAGAAUCUUAUAAAGUGACCCACCUUUCAUGCUGCGCCAGCAUUGUCCUGCUUGUGCUGAUGAUGUGAUUAGGUGUAGAGAAUUUGCUUAAAUUUAACCUCAAAGUUUAUCACACAGCUUAACGAGUCACACUGAAAUAUUCAGUAAUUGAACUGCAAAUCACUUUUAUUUACAAAAAAAGAGCUGAAGCAUGUCAGUGGCAUGAUGCUUGCCAAGCCAGAUCUAGGCAUCUAGGAUAAUUAAGGUAUUUUUAGUAUGCAAUUUACUGCCAUAGUAUCAAAGGUCAGUAACAGUGUUCCUUCUUUCUUCAAGCUUAAGUAUACCUUUGAAGAUAACUUGCAUGAAUUACUUUGGUCUCAAUUAUUUGUCACCCUAAUUAAACACAAAAGGUUGCAGUGCUUCCUCUUCCCUUACUGAAAAUUAGCUUUUCUUUUCUCUUUCCUUUUCUUUCUCUCUUCCUUUCUUUUCUUUCUUUCCUCCCUCCCUCCCUCCUUUCUUUGUUUUUUUUUGGAUUUUUUUUUUCACAGCUUUGCUAAUGCCACAGAAAGGGCUCUUUUAACUUAAGAAAAAAUAAGUGAAAAGUACUAAAAAAGAUUCAGGUAAUUAUCAUUCAGCACUUUAUUGUUAUUCAGAAUAAAAUUUAUGAUGGCAUAUUUGCCCUGCAAAUGUCUUAAUGAAAGUGUUCUGAAUAAAAAACUCCUUAUUGGUUUGAGGAAAAACUCAGUUUACCUGUGAGUUUAAUGAGCCUGAUCACUUGGAUUUUUGUGUUGACAUUUUAUUCUGAGGGUUGAUGUAGGGGUAUUUAAGGAGUCAUCAUUGCAAACAGUCACAUUAGGUUUAUUUCAUCUUUACUCAAUAAAAAACUUGUAAUGAAGAAUAGUAAAUAAACAAAAAAGCAUUAGACU